AUGCUUCUCUUGAAGAGGGAUGAAGUAUUAAUGGAAGAGAACAUGUAUGGAGCACUCCAUAUUCUUGAAAAUAUUAAUGUGGAGAAUUCUAAAUUUAGUUGUGCAGUUGGUAGUACUGUGCAAUGUUUCCAUGACAUUAAUGGAAUAAAAGACGAAAGGAAUUGGAAAAGCACACGUACAUUCCUUGUUUCCUCCCAUGUCCUAGAUGGAUGA